GCGUAGAUUGGUGGUUUAAAACCGAUAACGGAACAAUCGGUUCUGAUCAACAUGAUUUUUAUUUAAUUAUAUUACAUGAACUUAUACAUGGACUUGGGUUCUCAUCAAGUUGGGAUAAUACUCUUGAGGCAACAGUUAAUCAAGAUACCACUGGUCUUACUCCUAUUCCCGAUUUCGGUGGUGACAAUGACAGUCAAUUUGAAGGAUUUCAGGAAUAUAUUUUUGAUAAAUAUGUAAAGUUCAUACGAAAUGGUGCAGAAAGCACUUCGACGGUUUACACUUCCCAUUUAAAUGAGUCGGUACCUAUUGGAACUUCAUUUGAUACUAACUUGGAAUUUACCAAUCAAGUAAAAUCUUCUCAACAAUGGGAAUAUGCAGAAUUUGCGCUUAUAUCGGCAACUACCAAUGAUAGUUUGACCUUUACACCUGCGGAAGGCACAAGUCAUAAGGAAGUAAUUUAUUUAGAAUCUAGUAUAAAUCCUUAUUUGUUAGGUUCUAGUAUAAGUCAUAUCAGUCUAAUUUAUGAAUCAACUCCCGAUUUUUUGAUGAAAUAUAUUUUCAAUCCUGGAGAAUCACUAGAAUACUUAGUCCAAAGAAGUGGGAAUUACUCAUCUCCAAUUGGACCCAGAAUUUUGUCUAUCCUUGAAUCAAUGGGAUAUGAAACAGAUGCUUAUCCUAAUCCAAUUAUACCCACAUAUGAACCUUAA